AUGAACAUGGAUGCUGUUUUCGAUAGUUUAGAUGAGCUGAAAAUAAAGAAGAGAACAACUUAUAAGAAAGUACCAGAACAGGUUGCGACUGAACUCGAUAAAGCUGCUACCACUAUAUCAAAUCCUGUUCCAUCUUUCAAUUUAUCGGAGGGGUUUUUGUUUGCAAAUGAUAAAUUAGAGAAAAUUAAAAAUAGAUUAAACUUGGGAUCCAAAUCUAAUAACACAACUACUGGCAAUGUGGAUAUACCUACUAAUCAAAAUAAAUUUAGCGAUCAAUACAAAAAUAGCCUUAAAGAGAGUGAUGACGAGAAUGAGGAAAUUUUAUUCUCUCAAAGUCAAGCAUUUUUAGAUACAUAUAACGAUACAAAAAAUGAAGAUGAUCGUAUUCUUAAUAAGAACACUGAGGACGUGAUUGAUGAGGCAGAAAAGAGUACUACAUUUACUACCAACUAUAUAAGACCAGCAACUCAUUUAAAUUUUAGGAAUACUCCAAACAACAUUCAUUCUGUCACUCAAGAAAUAACGCAACAGACCCAAUUGAUAUCGUCAACACAAAAUAUAAAAUUAAAUUCCAUUUCAUAUUCUCAUAACCAAAAAAGUAAAUUAGCAUAUAAUACCUAUCCCAACGAAUCAUUACCUACAUCUCAAAGUAUUGAAGAGAGAUAUAGAGUUGAAGACCCUGUCCAGACUACUCAAGAUUCAUCGUUUGCAAAUACUCAACUAAUAGAAGAUUCUACUACCACAAGCCCUAAACGUACCAUAGAUUUUUCACAAUUAAAGACUCAACUAAUAGAUAGCAACAAGACUUCGUUAUUAUUUCAAACACAAAAGAUUAAUGAGGAAUAUAUUGCUCAAAGACAACAAAUAGAUAAUUCACAGACCCAGACAUCUGGCAGUUUUCACUUCUCUCUCUCUCAAACUAAAGAACUAUCGGAGCCCCAAAACAUUAGCCUGGGAAUAGUACCUCUCAUAACAAAGGAUGAUUAUCAUGAACAAUCAGGAACACAAAGUAAUGGAGCAGAAGAAGAGAAUAAUAAUAUUAAUAAUAAUUCUAAUACUAAUAAUAACCAUGCUCCAAUGCACAUUUCUCUAACACAAAAUAAACCCAAUAAAUUUACUAUGCCUACUUCAGCUAUAUCCGAUGAGGAUCGAAAUAGCCAACGUCCUUUGAAUGAAUUAUCAACAAGUCGCUUGCUGACAUUAACACAGAUAGUACCAUCAUCUCCUGGGAAAGCAACAGCUGAUGAUCCUCCUAAGGGCCCAUUAAUGACACUCCCAGAAAAGACACAAGCAGAUUUACUAAAUACUGUUCCAAAUCAGAAUGAUGCUCUUAAUGAGAUACCUCAGACAGCUAGGGAUGAUAUUUUUCAAACAUCUGUCAAAGAUGGAAUAUUGGAUAAGAAAUUAAGAAUCCAUGAAAUCCAAGAUGCCUUACUGCAGGAAGUGAAAGAAAAAGAGAAACAAACAGAACACCAUAUACAAGAUUCUGAUUCUUUAACCAAAACUAAAUUUACUUUUACAAAGGAAGAUUUCCUAGCUGAUUUAGAUGAUGACGAUAGCGAUGCUGUUUAUGCCAAUGGAGAGAAUGAUAAAAAUGAAGACAAAUCUGAGAGAGCUAAUACGAGCCAUGCAAAAUUGAAAGCAAUGCCUGUUACGAUACCUCAUCAACAAAUUGAAGUUCAAUUUAACAAAGUUCAAUUAAAAAAUGUAAUUGCUAAGCCAAAGCGAAAAGUAAUACUUUCCCAAUAUGAGAAUAGAUUAAAAGAAAACCUUUUGUAUAAUAAUUCGAUUGAUUUAUAUUCAGAUAGUGAAGAAAACACACAAUCCGAUAUUUUAUUCUCAACUGCCUCAAAGGCCCAAAUUUUAGAUAUUCGUCAUAAAUUGUCAAAAAAGAAACCACAAGUUAAAAAGAAAACUAUCCAAACAAAUUUGGAUCAACUAUUUAACAAAUUAAAGAAAGCUUCAAAAAAACAGAUUUUCGAUCAUCAGAAAAAUGCCAUAGAGAGCAAAGGAUUAAAAUUGGAAGAUUUAAAAAAAGAAAAAGAAAUAGUUGAAAAUUUGUUAGAACAAGAAAUCGAAAGAAAUAGAAAAAUAAGGGCAAAAGAAAGGAAACGUGAAAAUAAGAAAAAUAAAGUUGAUGAUAAAAGUGUUCAAUCUGCUAGUGACGAAGAUGAUUUCGAUCAUAGUGCCAACGAACUUGAAGAUAGCUUUUACAAUGAUAGCGAUGAGAAUAAAGAAAUAAUUGAACCAGAAGAAGAAGAUUCUGAAGAUGAUAUUAACAUAUUUAGACAUAAAAAAGGUUUGAAGCUCGUUACUGAAGAGUCUGAUUCUGAAAAUGAUAAUCCAUUAGAAAGCGAAAAAAUACCAAUAAACCCAAAUAUUAUUAACUUAGGCCAUUAUGGCGAUAAUUUGGAUUCAAAGAGUACUAUUUUUAAUGAAAACUCUAAAAAGUUUAUAGAAGACAUUGAACAAUUUGAAGCUGACAAUUCUACCGAAAAUUCUAACAAUGAACUAAAUGAGUUGGAAUAUAAAAGACAUAUAAAGCAAGAACUUGAGAAACAAAAGCUUAAGGAAGCAAAGAAAAAAGCCAAAUUAAGAGAACUGAAAAAAGUAGGUGCAUCCAAGAUGUUUGAUAUGGAGGCUGAAGAAUCUGAGGAUGAGUGGUUUGGUAUUGGUGGUGCUGAUGGAGAAGUUUCAGAUGAAUAUGAUUCUGAAGUUGAGAAACUGAUUGAUGAUUAUUCCAGACAAGACUUCAAUCCUGACGAAAUACGUAAUAAAUUAAUGAAUGAAAAUAAAGAGAUGGAUAUUAAAAUGGUAAAUAGAAUUUUAUAUGAUAUUAAGAAUGGUGGAUUUAGGAAAAGAAACAGAAAUAAUAUCGAUUUAGAGUUGAGUGAUGACGAAGAUGAUGAACUAAGAGAGUAUCGUAUUAAAAGAAGAGAAAUAAUGAAGAAAAAAAGGCUUGAAGUUACUAAUACCGACAAGAUUUUAAAGACAUCAAAAUCAAAGGCAUUUUUUAUGAGUAUGGUUGAUGAUAUAGUUGAAACAAGCAAUCCCUUUAUGAUUACACAACCAUCGGAUGAUGAUAGUGACGAUAAUAAUAUGGAUUCUAUUUCUAACAAAAAUCAUAAAGAUGCUAAUAAUGCAAAAAAAGAUAAAAAAGAUAAGAGAACGGAUGAUCAUGCAAGGCUAUCCCAAUCUUCUAGAAAGAAAUUUGUAAUGUCAGAAGAUUUUGUUCAUAAAACUUUAUCGUUCUUGACAAAAAGUAAAGAAGUUAAUGAGUUCCAACAUGUGAACGAACAUUACAAAUCUCAAAUUGGGACUAUUAAUGACAUACAAUCCCUAAAGCAAAAAAGUAGUAUUAAAACUAUGCAUGUGCUCUCUAUGAUGUCCCAAGAUACAAAUGUAGAUCUUGAUGCUAGUGAUAAAGAUGAUGAUGACAUGAUACAUCAUGCUGGGUCAUUUGACAAUUCAUUUGAUGAUCCUCUAAGUAGCGUAUCUAAAGCUCCAUCAAUCAUAAAGAUAUUUGGGUCAACUCAUGAUAUUAAUGAUAAGUUCAAGGAUGGAAAUAAAACUGUCACAAUAUCUAAUUCCUAUAAGACUGUAGGGGGUAUGAAAACUUCAAUCACUUCAUUUGGUAGGAGAAAGUUGGUUGCACCAGUGAAAACCCAUAAUAAUUUCAAUAAAAAUAGAAUUAGCAAUAUUAAAAGCUCCUCGAAUAGUAAACUAUUUAGAAACCAAGAUAAAAGCUUCAAGGAUUAA